GAACAAAAUCAAAAGGAGCAAUUGCGGCAGCAACUCAUCAAAGUCUAUCAGGCACGGACUAGGAAUGAAGAUUUACAAAAAACUCUCCGCACUUAUGGAGAAAUAUCCCGGGAAGAUGUGUCUACUGAACUAAGUAGACGAGAAAGAAAAAAUGGCCAAAAGUAG